AUGGAUGGUAUUGGGGAUGGCACAGACGGUAUGGGCUUCGAUAUACCCUUGCUUAUGAACCAACAGCCCCAUCUCUUCGGUGCCUAUAACCCUGACUGUUCCCCAACCACCUCGACCCUCCCAAACCCGACCUUCCAUGAUGAUUCUGUGAUGGGAGCUGCGGACGAUAAUAAUGACGCUAAACGAAGAAGAAUCGCGAGGGCCUGCGAUAUGUGUCGGAAAAAGAAAAUCAAAUGCGACGGCAAGAUGCCCAAAUGCUCGCACUGUAUCAACUACAAGACGGAUUGUGUGUUUACGCAGGUUGAGAAGAAACGGAAUCCUCCCAAAGGUGCCAAAUAUAUCGAGGGUCUGGAGAAUCGUCUGGGCAGAAUGGAAUCACUAUUAAGACUGUCUGGCCUUUUGUCGGAGGAGGAUGGUGGAAAAACAGAUCUUGGGACGUUGGAGAAACGGCUUGCAGACCGAUCACUGGCGGGCGGUGGACUGAAUGCCAUGAAGAGCCCAAACAAAUUCAAUGCUUCGAGUUCCAACCCUCAGUCUCAACAAAAUACCGCAUCUCUCCAUUCGACUCCCCGGAUGGAUAACCAGUCCAGCCCACACACGGCUGCCACAUCCCCGGAUUCCCAAAAGGAAUCAGAAACCGAGGUCGAGGGUCUAUCAGAUAUGAUGUGCUCUCUCGUAACCAAUAACUGUGGAGAGACACGGUAUAUUGGUUCCUCCUCGGGGUUUUCCAUAUUUUCACCUAAAGGAAUCCAGUGGGUCAAUGAGAAGACAGGUGACACAUCAUUCCAGGACAUGAUAUCUUCGGCCUAUGUCGAUGAUAAUAAAUGGAUGUAUUGGAAGCCCGAGAUUUUCAGCGACAUAUUUGCCCGACGUGUCUUCAAGCCCUUGCCCCCCAAAGAGGAGGCCCUGUCUCUUUUUAGAGACUUCUUUGAGAAUUUUAAUUGCCUGUUUCCGCUUUAUCAUGAACCAACAUUCAUGCAUCUGGUGGAGCGCCAAUAUUCCCGUGACCCCUAUGAAGGCUCUGGCUGGUGGGCUAGCAUCAACGUUGUCUUAGCCAUCUCGCACAGGCUACGAGUCAUGAACAACCUAGUCCCUCAAGAGGAGGACAAGAAAGCAUGGCUGUAUCUGAAAAAUGCAAUGGGGGUUUUGACGGAGCUAACUAUGCGCAACACGGAUCUGCUUAGUGUGCAGGCAUUGCUCGGCAUGUCCCUUUUCCUUCAAGGAACGCCGAACCCUCAGCCCUCCUUCUUUCUAGUCGCGGCAGCUAUCAGACUCUCUCACAGCAUUGGCCUCCACAAAAGAGGUUCGGGGUUCGGACUGAACCCUGUAGAGGUUGAACAACGGAAAAGAGUAUUUUGGAUUUCUUACCUACUUGAUAAAGAUCUCUGUCUUCGUUCUGGUCGCCCACCCGUCCAGGAUGACGAUGAUAUGAAUGUCGAGCUACCAAGCGACGACCCGCCGGAUAACAUCGGCAAUGUACCAUUGUCUGAUGGAAAGAGCAAAUUCAACUUAUUCAGAUCAUUGUGUCGAUUUGCUACUAUUGAAAGUCAGGUGUAUAAAAGACUCUAUUCUGCGAGAGCCUCAAAACAAUCGGACGGCGAGCUGUUGAACACCAUUGGAGAGCUUGACAAAGAGCUCGAAGAAUGGAAGGACAGCAUCCCCCUUGAUUUCCGGCCGGAACAUGAAAUCAAGGCCUCGCACACGCCCCUGAUUCUGCAUGUUGUAGUCCUUCACUUUGCCUACUAUAACUGUUUGACAACAAUACACCGGAUGUCAGUGCAUCAUGGGUAUUGGACAAGCCGCCUCUCCAAUUAUGCUAUUCAAGGCCUAAACGCUCGGCCGUUAAACCCCAGAGUCUUCUUAUCUGCCGUUCUCUGUGUGACAGCAGCCAGGGCGUCGAUCAAUCUGAUCAAAUACAUCCCACAGGGUGACUUUGCUUGUGUCUGGUUGAUUCUCUAUUACCCUGUAUCCGCAUUGGUAACUUUGUUUGCCAAUAUCCUCCAGAAUCCUAACGAUGCCCGAGCUCGUUCAGAUGUUAAGCUCAUGAAUGUGGUAGUGAAUUUCCUAUCUACGCUUGUCUCCGAUGAGUCGAACGGAAGUAUCAAGCGCAUGCUCGGAUUAUGCGGCGAAUUUGAGAGAAUUGCCCAGGUGGUUCUCGACAAAGCCGAGAGAGAGUCUCAUUCUAAGAAGAAACGUAAAUCCGCCCCAGACGACUCAUCACGAAACUUACAGCAGAAUACGCCUGAUGAAUCAUCGGGCCCUUCUCCAUCUACCCCGAAAGCAGCAGGCGGUCCACCCACAACCGCACCUUUCUCAACAUCGCUUUACCCUGGCAGCUUAAAUGAAACAGCCCCCAACAUCUCGGAUGGGCCAAGGCCAUUUUCUCCAGGCCAGACCCUUCCCGCGAACAAUAGUCUUUCUACCAAUUUACCGGACUCUCUGAACCCCAUGGCUGGGCUCGGACAGGGCUUCGCGGACAUGCUCAGCCCUCCAAAUAUGGAAGGCGUGGGAUACGGUGAUCCACCACCAUUCACGACGUCCCCUGAUACGCCGAUGGCGGCUUUCCAGCAGCCGUUCGUCCCGCAGGACUUAUGGCAGAUGCCUAUGACUAUAGAAUGGGACUGGGCAGAUAUGUCGGCAAACUUCCCAGUGUUUGAUAGCAACGGGCCACAGCAGAACGAAUCGUGA